GACCAUAGAGAAUGUAUUAAAAAUGCGCAUGCGUGUUGACCAAUCAGAAGCAGCCAACAUGGAGGUGUUUGUUUCCGCUCCGAGUUUCAGAUUUUCUAACUUAGUGUUUAUUGGCGGUUCUGUGGUUGGAGAUGUUUUAAACCAGAUCGUCCAGAACCAGAGAGCCUCCCCUUCAGAUUUCUAUGUUACCAAAAAUGGCAGACCGUCCCCUCUGGAGGAUCCUCUGCAGCAUGGAGCAGUCUAUCACCUGGAGCCCCGGCUCUGCGGAGGCAAAGGAGGGUUUGGCUCGAUGCUGCGAGCUCUGGGCGCUCAGAUCGAAAAGACCACCAACCGCGAAGCCUGUAGAGAUCUGAGUGGACGACGACUCAGAGACGUCAACCACGAGAAAGAGAUGGCUGAGUGGCUAAAGAAACAAGCAGACCGAGAGGCAGAGAAGGAACAGCGGCGUCUGGAACGUCUGCAAAAGAAACUGGCUGAACCCAAACAUCAGUUCACUGAUCCGGAGUUCCAGCAACAGUGCCACGACCUGUCAGAGCGACUCGAGGACUCUGUUCUCAAAGGUCUGCAGGUGUCAUCCAGUGGCCUGGUGAAGGUGGAUGACGUCUCAACGGCAAAGAGACCAAACCCAAAUCAGAGCCAACAGCAACAGAAAAAGAGGAAGAUGGGUUCAGCAGCUGCAGCGUGUUCCUGGAUGGGUCUGGAUGAACUGCUGAGUUCAGAGGAGGACGAGGACCCUCUGUCUGCCUCGUCCUCCAGCUGUGAAGGUCCAGCAGUUGCCAUGAUGGCACAUAAAGAGGAGGCGGAGCCUGAGCAGAGCUCGUGCUCCACUAAUAACACCUGCACAGACUGCCCCCCCAAACCCACACAGGACCAGAAACCCGCAGAGGCCUCUACAGACCAGACCAUCAGACCUUCCGACGAGUCCAAAUGUUCUGAGCCGCCGCUCGCUUGUCUACGCCUCCAUCUCUCCUCCGUGGCGACUGUGGACCAGCUGGAGUCUCUGGGUCUGGAUGUGCUGAAGCAGGAACUGAUGUCUAGAGGGUUGAAGUGUGGGGGAACGCUGUCAGAGCGCGCGGCCAGACUCUACUCCAUCAAAGGACUGAGCCCAGAUCAGAUUGACCCUGCACUGCUCGCCAAGCCAGAGAAGAGCAAGAAGUGACCGAAGCUGCUUCUGGACUUUUACCUUUUUUUUCAGCCAAUAGUUUCCAACAGAAUUCAAAGUCCCCUUGACGUCUGUGCUGAAGCAGAGCUUUGUCUCUGCAGUGAACUCUUCUUCUUUUUAGUAGUUGUGGAUUGUAUUUGAGGAUGUGUUUGUGCCAGAGUUCAGCGUCUUCUGAAAUGAUUCAUGUUUUAAUUAAAAUGUCUUGAACCCAAAA